AAAGAGAGCUGUUAAAGACGAAGGGGUGGGGGAGAGGGAGGCGAGGGAGAGGAGAAGGGCCGAAAGCAGACGACGGAGCGAGGAGCAUCAGAGGAAGGCUGGGGGGGGCGCAGCUGAGGGGAGGGGAUGGAAGAAAUGAGGGCGAAAUGGGCGCGGGAGAGGCAGAGGCGGGUGGACAAGCUUGAUAAGCUGAGAGCACAGGACGCCAUGCCAGGGGGGGCGGGGCAGGGGGGCAGGGGGAGCAGGAGGGGAAGCGCAGGGGUAGCGGGGGGAGGUACAGUGAGCAGCGGAGCAGCUGCAGGGGGAGCGGCGCCUGGGGUUAGUGCGGCUGAAGGGGGGACGGCAGGAGGAAUAGCAGCAGCGGGUGUUGCAGCAGCCGCAGUAGCAGCCGCAGCGGCAGCAGCAGGGGCAGGGGGAGCAGGGGCAGGGGCAGGGGCAGGGGCACAUGGGGGAGAAGAAGCGUUUCCAGGGGCGGAGCAGAAGGUGCGGUGGACGAGGCUGCUGCAGGGAGUGGUGAAGGACAUCAAGAAGAAGGAGAGCAAGUCAGUGCUGCUCGCCUCUAGCUCCUCUGUAGAUAGCCCUACCGGUGCUUCCGGCCCUUCUGGCCCUUUAGGACUUUCAAGCUCGUCCUCCCACCCGUCCUCGUCCACUGCCCUCUACCACCGGCCACAGGACCACCACCGGUACUCAGACUCCCAUAAGGCUCUGGAUGUGCCACUUGCGAAGAGCUUCAGUAGCAGUUUGCCUGCAACAGGGGGGGAUGGGGAAGCUGGCUCGCCCAUGUAUGCAGGAGCCGGGGCGGACAGGUGGCAUGCUGGGGGAGGGAUAGGAGGCGGAGGGGGAGGAGGAGUGGGGGGAGGGGGAGGGAGGGUAGGCACAAGGAGAAGGCUGCGGAAGGUGCUGAGUGCGGAUUGGGGGAGCACGUCACUGGACGAGCUGCUGGGCGGCAAGGGCUUGGCUGCUAGCGCCAGCACCAACCUCCCUGCUUCGACCACCCACCCAACCCCUCCCCCUGGGCCUUUCCCUGCUGGGCACGCUGCUGGUUUAACCGGUUCCGGUGCUUCUGGCCCUGCCUCUUCUUCUGCCCGUUCGCACGCCUCCACUCCCCCCCUCAGCACCUCAUCUGCAGCUGCAUCCCCCUCCCCCUCCUCCGCCCUCCUCCCGCCCUCCUCCUCCCUCCUCACCCACCGGCCCGACAGCGCUGGCUCCUCGUCCUCCUCUCGUCGCUCCCGUAGUGCUGGGAUGACUCUCGUUGACUUCGCGGGAAUCACAGUUACGGCCCCUUCGCCCGUUGCGAGCUCUGUGGAGGCAGUAGAGCCGUUAGGGAGGGUUGGUAGUGGCCGGUUGCAGGGGCAGGAGGGGAGGGAGAGUGGGCUGGGGAGUAGGGAGAGGCGGAGCUUUGGGGGAGGCGGGGAUAUUGUGGAGGAGAGGGAGAGGGAGGGGGGGGGUGAUGUGCUGGAUGUGCUUCAGACACGUAGUGUUUUGGGUGGUGGUAGUGCUGCUGCUGCUGCUGCUGCUGCUGCUGCUGCCGCUGCUGCUGCUGCUGCUACUGUUGACGACGAUGAUACUGGUGACGGUGGGAGCACUGGCGAUGCUGACCCUGCCCCUGUGGCUGCUGGGUGUGCCAUCACCCGCAGCGUGGGGGGGAGGGCGGCACCAGGGGAGGCGUCACUGCGCGUGUGGUACAGUGGAGGCGAGGGGCGGGCGGAGGGGAGAGGGGAGGAGAGGGCGGAGAGACGGAGGGAGGGAAGAGGGGCGGACAGGACAGCCGAGGGGGCAGCUAGGCUGGAAGGUGUAAGAGAGGGGAGGAUGGGGGAAGAGAGAGGAACAGGGGCAGCAGCAGUGCCAUCUCCAUCAACAGCUGCUGCUGCUGCAGGUUUUAUGGGGGCAGCAGGAGCAGCAGGAAUGGCAGUAGGAGUGGAGUUAGAUACAGGAGCAGCGGUGGGGGGGGCACAAGAGGAGGUUGAGGGUCCGAGCACGCCGAGAGGCAUGGGAGAGAGUAGAGCAGCAGGCCGAACAGGGGAAGGCAGAGGAGGAGGGGAGUCUGGGGGUCCAGAUGGGGAGGAGAGCGGUGGGGAUGGGAAGGGAAGCAUGGAGCGAGGAACAGGAGGAGAAGGAGGGGGAGCAGGGAAAGGAUUGGAAGGGAGUGCAGGUGGAGGCAUGAACACGAGCACGAGCAUUGGUGGCAUCAGCGGCAGCAGCAGCCAGGCGGCGGAUCAGAGGCAGAGCAUUCUGCAGGCGUACAUGCAGAGGAAGAGCUUCAAUGGGAAGAACCCCACUGCUGAGCAGGUGUGGGCGUGGAUCCUCGGGCAUGAUGACGAGGAUGAGGGGGAAGGGGGGGGGCAGAAGGCGCAGUUGACGGUGGAUCCCGUGGUGGCGGACCGGCUGGGAGUGACGGUGGAACGCAUUGCUGACUGGCUCUGGACGCUGCACAAAAUAUCCGUGGACGUGGAGCGCACGGAUCGCCACAUGGCGUUCUACCAGGCAGAGAGGAACCGAGCCACCAUGUGCGACAUCCUGGCCGUGCAUGCGUGGAUCGACCCCGCCACCGGCUUCUGCCAAGGCAUGUGCGACAUCCUCUCGCCUUUCAUCAUGCUCUACGGCCACCCUGCUGACGCCUUCUGGUGCUUCGAAUGCCUCUUCUCGCGCAUUCGCCACAACUUCGUGAUAGAGGGUCCUGUUGGCAUCUUACGCCAGCUAGCGGUAUUGCGGGACGUGGUGGCACUGGUAGACCCCGAGCUGGCGGCGCAUCUGGAGGAGCUGGGGGCGGACAACUUCAUGUUCGCCUUCCGCAUGCUGCUCGUGCUGUUCCGGAGAGAGCUGCCCUUAGUGGACGUGAUCGUGAUGUGGGAGAUGAUGUGGGCAGCGGACUUUGACUCUAGAAUGGCAUCCGUCCUCCUGCACCACCCCCCCGAGGGCCUCAACCUCGUAGCCGAGCCGCACACCUGGUCAACCGGCCCCCUCCCCCCCCUCGACUCCCCCACCAACGACGCCGCCACCACCCCAGUCCCCUUCUCCACAGCCUCACUCCCCAACCAGGGCUCGGGGUCCUCCCUGGGGGGGUUCGAUGUGAUGGGUCUGGGGGGGGGCAGGCGGGGGGGGAUAUGGCGGUCGGGGCAGCUGACUGCACAGGAUGUGGAGGGGGGAGCGAGUCUGAUGUCGCAGUGGGGGGAGGCAAGGGUGGGGGAUGAGGACCUGGCGGUGUUCUGUGUGGCGGCGAUUCUGCGGGUGAACAGGAAGAGGCUGCUGCUGGUGGAAGGGUCGGACGAAGCUAUCAAGAUGUUCAACGAUGUGGAGCUGGUGCUGGACGUGGUGUCCUGCAUCCAUCUGGCCAUCAAGCUGCGCACGAAAUACUUCAGAAAGGCUCCUCGCGGCAUUAGGGCCCGAUAGCACACGCCAGGUAUAGGGGAUUGCGCCACGAGCAUGGAUGCUUCUGGGCCAAUAAUAUCUCCCGCAAGGGGACCAUUUGGUUGCACGCUGUCAGCCAUCAGGCAGUGCUCCCAUGUAGUAUUGAAUCAAUCAGAGCAUUUGUAUUUUGAAAGCAACCAUGUGAUCUUACAGAAUGAAGUUGAGACCACUCAGGUUUUAAUUCAUGCGUUGGAGAUGUAUUUGAGGGCUUUUCUUGUAUAAAAUAGGCCAAAAUAG